AUGAAAUCGAUACUAUUAUCAGAAUCUUCUUCCUAUAUUUAUUUUUCACAAUUUUUCAAAGUCAAACCUGAUCCGUCGUGGGAAAGUAGUUAGGCCUCUCUGCUGUAACUUCUUUAUUGAACAAGACAAGCCUCACUAUUAAGACUGGGAAACCCCCCUUUUCUUAAAUCAUGGACGAAACUAAGUCACUACUAAUCACUACGCCCCAAGCAUUGACUACUACUCUUAAACCGAUCCCUCAAACCGACUCGCUAUUCUUAACGGCACUGGCCCCGGAGAUUCGUAUCAUGAUUUACGAAUACGUUUUCGGAUGCGGGGAUCUUCAUAUCUUCAUCUAUGAGCAAAAGCUGAUUAGCAUGCUUUGUCGGAACCCAACAGCAACAGGUAUAGAUGGUCAUGAGAGCUGUAUUAGUAUGCCAAUGUCUCGGAGUACAGGGAUGAAUUGGAACCCAGAUACGAUUAGGGAGCGAUUAGCCUCUCCUAAUACGCGCCAUGUUAGUGCCCUAUUGGCCGUUUGCUGCACUAUAUACCUGGAAUCAGUCGAUAUUCUAUAUAAGAGCCACGUCCUUCAUUUUAGCAACUUGUUUUCAGUUUCUGCCUUUCCGCGGGCCAUAAUUCCCCACCAUCUCGACAUGUUACACCAUGUUAGAUUAUCGCUGGCCCUCUUCAAUCGCGGAACCAUGAUACACGUAUAUUUCAACAAUUCCUUCAGCAGGAGUUGGCCAGGUUGGGAUGAGAAAAGUCUCUCCGGGGAUACGCUAUGGCACUGUGCUUGGAACGCUAUCGGUGAAUUGAAGUCAUUGCACACUUUGCUUGUGACGCUUGAGGUGUUGCGUGAGGACCACCAGCGCGAGGAGCCACACUGGCAUCGGUCAAUGCCUUCAGACUUUGAGACUUCGCUUUUCCAGCCAAUGAAGCAGGUCUCUUGCAGCGAUUUCUUGCUCAGGGUCAAUUGGCCAUCUACGGGAAAGUCCCUGGAUGAAUAUCCAUUUAGAAUAGAACACUUCACAUACGCGGCAACCUAGAAGCAAUUAUUUUACCUCAGCAGGAAUCUCGACAAACAGAAUCCGAGUCUAACAUCAUCUAUGGGUAUUUUAAAGGUGAAUGGAAAAAAUUAUCUAGAGAAAGAAGGUUAGAUGAGAAGGGAUAGAAGCCAAACUUAAACAGAGGGGAUUUGAUGAUAUCUGUACUUGAUAUUAGAUGGUUUCACGAUCACAAUGAACGUUCAUACUAGAAGGAAACUUAUGGGAUAAAAAUGGUAGAAUUCAGCUAUAGAUCAAAGCAUAAAGCG